GAGUUAAAAAUUUCUAAUCAAGUAUUACUACUUUGAGGCUUUACUCGCAAAUGCUUUUGCCUAAGGCUUAGGGAUUUUAUUUUGAGAGAUUCACUUCUUAAUAAGCAGAUUUAAGAGAAUAUUGUGUUCAAAGUGAAGUCGCCAAUUCUAAGGUGUACUUAUUCUUCGUUUUGCUCCCUGUAAGACGCCAUUUAGAGGACCUUUCGUCAUGUUCGCUGAGAUGUCGGCCAGUAAAAUUGGUUUCCCUAGUAACACUAUUAUAUAUUUGUAUUCUGGAUGGAAAACUAGUCUUUUCUGUUUAUUUCAAUAUAACAAUACAAACUGUUACUGGGGCAACUUUGCUUGCUCUAGUACCGAAUUUUAAAAAGCUAAAGGUUACUGCAAAAAAUACCCGUUUUCCUUGGGCUAAUAGUUAUAAAUUAUGUGAUGAGGCCCUUUUGAAAAUCUCUAUAAACAAGACAUAAAAGCGCUACGCUAAAAUCAUACUUAUGCAAAACAGUUGCCUUUAAAGCAAAUAUUGAUUAUUCUACAGCAGCAAAAAUCCUUGCUCUUUUUAACAUUUUUUAACCACACUGUACUUUCCCAGUAAAGUUUGUUCUCCAGAAAAAAUACAACCAAAAGGAGUAUUAAAUUAGAACAUUGUUUUGCGUUUUCUAAUGGCUGACUUUCCUCAGAGUUUUCUGAGUUACGGUUUUGCAAAAGUGAUAGCGUGUGUUUAUGUUGAUUUGUUUGCAGGAAAACUGAUGUCUGAGAUUCAAUGCCGAGAGUCAAGUCCUUGGAAAUCCUCCCAGCUCAUCUGAAAUUCAAAUAUCGCCUACUGACACUGGCUCAAAUGAUGUUCUAAAGCAGGUAGUUGCUAUUAUCACUGAUAGCGUUCUACGAACCAUUUGCCGGUUAACGCAGUUCUUCGUUAAUGAAUAGUUAAAUAACGAGGAAAACCAGGCGAUUCAUCAAUUGUCCCUUGGUAUCGUUACAUCUGCGCUCGAGAGAGGAGAGUACAAAACAUCUGGCAAUGGGAAGCCGUAUAUGUUCAAAGUUUCGGAAAUUUAAAAGAAAGAUUUUCAAAAAGAGUGAAAAAUAUGAUAGACUCGAGGAACCACUGGAAAAAGAAGGGACAGAUGGCGGAGAAAUUGAGGCCGAAGCAGAAGUAGAACCACACACUGAGGAAGAGGCGAAUUAUAACGAGGCGAGAAGUGAGAACUGUGAGAAAAAUAACAACAAUGAUUCAUCGACACCGGACGCAAAGUCCCAGCAAGCAGACAUCAAAGAGUGGAUCGUCAGCUUAGAGAAGCAGCUUAAAGAUGCAACUUCAAUAUGUGGCGGGGAGAGCGAGGAGAAGAGCGAGAUUCUUAGCAAUUUAGGAGCAGCGCAUUAUAAAAUUUGUGAGUUCCAACUGGCGCGAAAGUACUAUGAACUUCACGUGAAAGAACUGAAAAGGGAACAAUCACCUGCUUUGUUGCAAAGAGCGUAUUGUAAUCUAGGUUGUGUGUAUAGGAGACUAGGUGAUUUCGAUAAAGCGGAAGAUUACUUUCAUAAGGGGAUUGAGAUUGCGGAUGAAAUUGCAGAUUUGAAAGCGAAAGGAAGACUUUUGAACAACAUGGGGAAUAUUUAUGAAAUGAAAAAGGACUUUGAAGGAGCGAUAUACUACCAUUCACAGCGUAGAACUAUAGCUGAGAAACUGGGAGACUGGGAUAGCGAGGCAAAAGCGUGCGCUAGUCUAGGGAACGCGUACCAUUUGCUUGGAAAUCUACGGAGCAGCAUAGUUUUCUACGAAAGACUGAUAGUGUGGCUGCGGCAAAAGUACGCUUUUCAGCAAAAGGAAGAGAAAAGGCUGUCUGCGCUACACAAAAUACCCCUGGAACAGGAACAGUGGGUGUGACCGAAAACCGCGCGGUGAAGGAACCUUGGGCUUUCAAUGCAACUUGUAAAACAACCGCAUCGGGCCAAGAACUAACUUACUGGAAAUAAAGGAAACGAAAACAGAUAGGGCGAAGAACUAACAUACAAGUACUAAGAACUGAAGGGCAAAGAAUGAAAUAUACAGGGGC